CGCUAGGAUGCUAACAGAAGGGCAAACGGGUGAUUGCUAAGAGUAAAUGUCGUGUGGGAUUGAUAGGAUUAAAUAAGGGGAAAAUUUUGGAAAAAGCGAGCACGGCUGGAAGUCAGACUAGUGAAUGGAGGUCACCGCAGACACUGAGUGAGUCUCGGCGGUGAGACACGGAGGGGGAGAGGGAGGACGGACAGCGGCUAGCCGCCUUCAAAAAUGGCGUCUCCGGAGGAAAAUGAGUAAAAAUAUUAAAACGCGGCCUGCUUUUCUCUACACUUCCUCGUUCGGUUUUCACGCUUUUUUCUCGCGCUGUUUCCUGAAUUUUCUCCAGCGUUAGCGACCCUCUUCGUCGCUUUUUUCCAGCCUUGAACGGCCGUGAAAAGGAACAAGGGGAGCGAAGCAUUUAGGGGGGAAAUAAAAGCAGCCCUGUUUUAUUUUGAUGCGUCGUUACUGACAGCUAGCAUCUGCUGCUAGCACACCGCUCCGCUCCGGAGGGGGGUGGGAACCAUUUGCAUGCAAAGGAGGAGAAGAAGAAGAAGAAAAAAAGAUUUAGAAAUUGGGGAUUUCUUUGCUCGUCUGCUGAGGGAUAUGAUUGCUACCAACGUGGCCCUGUCAAUCGCAAUCUUUUCCAGUUGCUAGCAGCGUAGCCGAAACUAGCCUAAAGAAAGGGGAGGAGAGACGGUGAGAAAGGGACGCAUUCAAGUCAAAUGUUUAUCAGCAUUUCGCCCAUCACCGGCCAAAAUCCGCGGCAUCUUCACCAUGACUGCUUUCGGGCUGCCUUCGUGGAAAUGAUAAAAGGCGUAGGAAAAGGAGGAAGAGUGGCUUUUUUUGGAGGUGGUUGGAUUAUAACCCCGUAGACCCCCCUCUUUUUUCAUCCAGCUUUCUCCUCCUCCCCUCCAUUUCUCUUUCAAUAUGCUGUUUUCCACUCCUGAGGACUUGCUUAUGAAACCGGGGAAAAUAGCCUGAAAACGAGCACGGGAAAGACUGGAUUUUUUUUUUUUUCUCUCUCCCGUAAUCUGCCCUCGUCGCUUUCAUCCUCAUCGCACGCUCUGUACGAGGCAUAAAUGGAUAGAAAUUACCCGGGAACAGGGUUUGGUGAUUUGGGCGCAGGAGCAGGAUGGAGUUACGAGAGAUCGGCUAAAGCAAGUCUUGUAUAUGGGAGUUCCAGAUCAUCCCACCCUGAGUCUGAGCUCCUUCACCGACAAGCCUACGCCACCCCACACCCUCUGCAGGGCUAUGCCACCAAUCACCACCCAGGGAGCUCUGGCCAAGGCGGGGCUUGGGGAGCAGCUGGACGGAGUUUGGGUUUAUCUGGGCUUUUUGACACUGGCCUGCACCAUGCCAGCCCCUCUGCCCCCGAUGCGUCCGUCAUGAAUCUGAUCUCAGCCCUGGAGUCCCGGGGUCCCCAGCCUCCACCCUCUGCCUCCUCCCUUCUCUCCCAGUUCCGCACACCAUCCUGGCAGACAGCGAUGCACACGCCUGCUCCUCCUGAACUCUUCAUCUCCGGGGCCCUUCCUGGCUCUGGCUCUUUCCCCUCCUCCUCGGCACUAUCAGCCUAUCAACAUCCAGCAUCCUUCUCCAGCCGCUCCUUCCCCACCGCCUCGCUUUCCCUCCAGGACACACCCACGUUUAGUCCUACAUCUAAUGGCCUUCUCUCUCCACAUGACCCCCUAAUACACAUCAAAGCCCCUUCCCAGUCGAGCCUGGGUUUUGAUAGACUCCUGUCCUCGCAGGGUGCUGCUGCAGCUGCCUACAGGGGCAGCCAGGAUCCCACGGGUGCCACAUCAGCCCAGGCGUCCUCUGCCAGGCACCUGCAGUCGCACCAGUUCAACCUGCUGUCCUCACAGCUUCAAGAUCAAUCCUCCCAACUGUAUAAUCCAUCAGUGUUUUCCUCAGCCCAGCCCCAGCCUCAGUCCCAGUCACAGUCUAACUCGGCUCAGGAGAGGGCCGUGCCCAGACAGGACAGCGUCAUCAAGCACUACCAGCGGCCCACGCCAGCUCAGUCGCAGCUCUCGUCCUCUGCUGCCCACUCUCUUCAGCACUACCUCAGCUGUGGAGGGGCGGGGUACCAGCAGAUUGCCACCCACCACAGGCAUGCUGGCCUUUCUUGCAGCCCACUGGGUGACCAGAGCCCCUCAUCUGACCACAAGCCCACCUCUCGCACUGAGCAGUAUCGACCAAUCAUUCAGCCCCCCUACUCCUCCUCCUCCUCCUCCUCGUCUUCAUCCUCAGCUGGGAAAGGUACUAAAAGCAGCUCCAGCAGUGGAUAUUCUUCUGGAAGUUCGGCAUCAUCCUCAAGAACUCCUCACACACCCCCCUCUGCCUCCUCUACCUCCUCUUCCUCCUCCUCUUCUUCUGCCACCUCUGGGGCUCAUCCUUCUAACUCGAUUCCCACCUCGAGUUCCAGUGCAGCCCCUUCCCGGCAACAGCCACCUCCUCAGCCAGCUCCACCUCCCCCGGCACCUCAGCAGCAGGCCCCUGCCACCUCCACUUCAGCUCCCCAGUCUCUCCCCAAAUCCUGCCUCUCAGGCUAUGGUUCUCCUGUACCCCCGGUGAAGACCCCCACCUCUGCUCUUACUGGUCAGACCCCGCCCCAACAACAGACACAGUCAUAUUCCCCCAACCAGCCACCUCCAUCCCACCUCGCUCAGUCUUAUGGAGGUUUUAGUUCACCACAAGCUCAAGACCUGAGCUCAGGGACUGGUGGAAAAGGCUAUGGGAGUUUAGGAGGGCGAAGCCAGUCGUACUCCACUGAUAUAUACGGAGCCGACUCUGCUUAUGGAUCACUUCCAUCCUCUCUAGGAGGAGCAGGAAGCCCAUCACUCGGCUACGGAGCGCCAGGUCACUCGCCUGCCCUUUUAAGAUCAAGUGGUUCAUCAGGUAGUGGAGCAUCAGGGGGAGGAAGCAGCAGUGGUGCAGGGAGUGGGAACUCUGGGUCAGCAGGAGGAGCAGGAAAUGGUAUGACGAAUGAAAGAGGUGGAGGAGGGAGUGGUGGAGGGUCUUAUCAUAUUCCAGAUUCCAGCCCCUCCCCAUCAGGCAACUCAGGCAUCAUCCGUCCAGGGUUGCACUCCCCAGUGCCCACCUGCCCCACUCAGUCUCCUGGAGGUGCAGGCUCAAAUAAAUACAUUUCCUCAGUUCUCUCCCCUACUUUUCUAGCCUCACCGCAGGGCUUCCCUGACACCAGAGGCCCCAGCUCUCAGCCCCAGUCGUAUCAUUCCACCUCCUCCAAAACAAAGGCGGACACUUCAAUGCUCGGAGUGGGCUCUCAGAGAUCCCAAGAGGAAGUCGAUGACGAUGAUGAGUUUUUGAUUCAGCACCUGCUGCAAGCCCAAGCGAGUCCUGCUCCUCAGGCUGCUCAUCACCAUCCUCAACAGCAGCCUCAACAGACAUCUCAGCAGACACAGCCGCAGCCCCAGUCAGUACCCCCAACCACUGAUUCAGGCAAAGGGAUGAGCUAUGAUAUGGGUAAGACUUCUGAGGAGAGGUACCACCCCCAGAGUGUCAUACGUACCCACAGUGCCACAUCUACUGCUGGAGUUGGAAAUGCAGGUUCUGGAGGAUCCAUCUCAGGGCUGGACAACCAGCUGGAGAUGUCCCUAAAGAAGCAGCAGCAGCAACAUCAACAACACCAUCACCAACAGCAACAACAGCAGCAAAGGAACGAGAGGUCUGUUGGAAGCAGCCGGAGCAGUGGAGGAAGGAGCAGUGCUGAACAAGUGCACUCCCACCUCCAUCACCAUGACAAUCUAGGCUCCGUUGUCCACUAUGGCCGAGGUGACCCAUACAGCCAGCACUCCCUUGCUCCCCAGCACUCCUCACAUAGUCAGCAUGUGUCCUCACACUCGCAGAUACCAUCGCACACCCAAAUGGAGCUCCAGAAGAAGUCACAGGAGCGUGCAGAAAUCCCUUAUCCUCGGAAAACGCCGGAGGUCCAGCAGCAGCAUUCUCAGUCUCAAGCGGCUGCGUCCCUCAUGGACUCUCCCACGGAUCAGUCCCGUCAGCCGCCACACCUGCUGCAGUCAGUGCUGUCCCACACCACCCGCAACAAACUGGAGCCUCAUCAACAGCACCACAAGAUGGACUCCCACCAACAACAUCAACAGCAGCACCACAAAAUGGACUCUCACCGGCAGCAUCAGCAGCACCAGAAAAUGGACUCGCAUCAACAUCAGCAGCACCACAAAAUUGAUUCUCAUUCGCAGCACCAACAGCACCAUAAAAUGGACUCUCAUCCCCAGCAGCAGCACUCGAUCAGCCAACAACAAGCUGUGAUGGAGAGCGCCGGCGGGAGACUUGGCUCAAGUAAGCAUCAGGCUCAGUCUCAGUCACAAACCACCCAGCUCCAGCUUCAGCUGCAGUCCCAGGCUUUGGAGGUGGCAGCGGCUCACUACAACCACGGGCCCCCACCACAUCAGCACGAGCAGAGCCAGGUCAAACAAAGCUCAGUGGUCUCCUCCCUGGACAUGCUGGAGCGCUCCCUCUCUCAGACCUCCAGCACAGAUGUCACUGUCGCAGAAGACAGACGUGGUGGUGGACCGGGCAGCGCAGGAAGGAGUGGAGGCAGCAGUGAGCGCCACAGGCAGCAGCAGCAGGAGCAGCAGCGGCAGCACCCACCACACCAUCAGCCGCAGCAGACUCACCACUCGCAGCAACACUCGGCCUCCGAACUUCACUCCUUCCUCACCGAGCCAGACAUCGGCUUGUCCACGCCGUCUCACAUGCACCAUCUUUCACAGCACCAUGCGCAGCAGCAGCAGCAGCAGCACCCAACCUCUCAGCACCAACAGACCCACUCUCACCACCCUCACACCCAGCCCCACCCUCAGCAGCAGCCCCCUCACCCUCACCACAUACCCCCACCUUCUGCCUCCGCCCACUCCCAGCCACAGCCGGACCCUCAGCAGCCACUCUCAGCCCAGCUCACCCCUCAGCAGAGCCAGCUGGACCAGCAGCGCUCAGAGCAGCACCAGUUUGACACAGUCAGCCCAGUGGAGAAAGCAGACCAGAAUCAACAAAGUAAUCGCUUUGUACCACUAACGUCUAUCUGCUUCCCGGACUCCCUCCUUCAGGAUGAGGACCGCUCCUUUUUUCCGGGAAUGGAAGACAUGUUUUGUGCAGAGGACUACAAGUCGAGCUGCGCUGGCGGUGCAGGACCAGGCCAGGAUGAGAUGAACGAAAGCCAUGGCGGGCAAGAAGGAAUGGAUUCUAUGAAAGCUGGACAGAGUGCAGGCGGAGCAGGGGGAAGCAGUGGAGCUAGCUAUGAUAUAAUGGGUCACCAUGGUGCAGAUCAGGGUUAUGAACCUUACUGUCAUGGCCUGGAAGAACCCAGCAACAACACCAUGACUCUGGAUCUAGACUCCCUUAAAACGCAUGAGCUUCCUUCCACUGUCAACACCGAGCAGCUUGGAUUGAUACAGUCCCAGGCCCCAGCUAUGGGUAUGGGCUCCAAUACUGCUGGUCCUAACAACGCUGGAGCUAAAAUGGCCUCUGGGCCUGGAGGAACAAGCACAGGAACUGGUUCUGGAGGCCUGCAGUCUCCGAUUUUCUGCUCAUCUCGUCCUAAGAAGCUCCUCAAGUCCAGCUCUUUCCACCUGUUAAAGGAGCGCAGGGACCCCAACACACUGCCUAAGAAAAGCUACGCUCAAGAAUAUGACUUCGAAGAUGAUGAGGAUAAAGCCGACCAGCCAGCUGACAUCCGGUUGAACAGCCGGAGGCUCCCGGACCUUUUACCAGAUUUGGUGUCCAGCUGCAGAAAGGGAGGAGGAGGCGGUGGAUCUCUCAGCCCGUUAAUGGGCGACAUUGAUUUCUACCACUCUUCAGGCUACUCGUCUAUGGGUUCACACUCUCUGCUGCCUCCGGAAGGACCCAAGAAGAGAGGCCGAAAGCCCACUAGGCCCAAAAGAGAGGGACCGCCAAGGCCGAGAGGCAGACCUCGCAUCCGCCCCAUGCCUGAGCCUUACACUCCCCGAGGCAUGAUGGGAGAGAUGGGUGGAACAACAGUAGGAGGCGGAUUCAGUGUGGAGGGACGAGGCCGGGGUAGGGGCCGUGGAAGCAGAGGUAGAGGAGGAAGGAGGGAGGACAUGUACAUAGAAAUGAGCGGGAAGGAGCAGGAUCAGAUGCACCAUCAUCACCUCCAUCAGCAGCAGCAGCUCCAUCACCAGCCCCAGCAGCAACACGAGCCUAUUCCACCUCUCAAGAUCAAGUUGCCGAUCGGUACCCUGUCCUCCUCUGAUGCCUUGCUGAGGACAGACUCUCUGUCUGGCACGGACCCUGCUUUGUCAGACGGCUCAGUUGGCUCGGCUCCCUCUCUCGGUUUAAGUCCUGGACCUCCCUGCAGCACUGAAAGCAGCAGAAGUCAGGACAAGAACAAACAGAAGAGCCAGAUGAUGAGUGAAGGAGUGGAUGAAGAGGGUCUGGAGGAAAGGGGGGACGAGAAGGACUCCGAAUCCAAGGCUGGCUUUGUCGCUUCAUUCUUGGACUUCCUCAAGACGGGAAAGAGACCUCCAGGCUUGGAUAUCUCACCAGGAAUGGAACCAGACAACGGCGACUCUUCACCCUGUAAAUCAGGGGGUCUGCGCCCUCUGUCUCCUGCACCUCCUCCUCCACCUCCACCUCCUCCAUUUGGGGAUGGUGAGGGGAAUGGAGGUCUGGCUCUGGGUAACUGCCCCAGCCCCAAGCGCUUAGAGGAUGAGCUAAAGAGGAACCUGGAGACUUUACCUUCUUUCUCGUCCGACGAGGAGGACUCAGUCGGGAAGAACCAGGACCUUCAGAAGAGCAUCUCCUCAGCCAUUUCUGCUCUGUAUGACACUCCUCAGCUAACGUCAAACAUCCAGCCCCCGCUGUCCCCUCCGCCUCCCCAGCCUCAGACUCAGCCUACUCAGGCCCCUCUCACCCCCACAUUGCAGCCCCCCACGCUUAGCCCCCAACCUGCCAUGCACACUCCUCUCGCUCAGCCCCAGUCCAACGAACCGGACGUCCUUCAGGCAGAAGAUGGAGACAUGGAUGAGAACAAAGAGGAGGAAGAAAAUGAGGAAGAAAGAAGCACAGGAGGGGAUGAAGAGAGCGAUAUGACGGAGGAGAGAGAACCACAGCUGGAAACCCUAGCUGCCCCUAAGCUUGACGCUCCUCUUCCUGAGAUUCCUCCAGAGCCCGCCACCCCUGAGCCUCCCUCCGUCCCCCCAUCUCCUGCCUCAUCCUCCUCCCCCUCUCAUUCCCCCCUCCCUCCCCUCUCGCUCCCCUCACCCCUACCUCCACCGGAGGAACAACGGGAGGAUUCCCAGCCUCCAAGCCCCGUCGCUCCCACCUCACCCUCUCCGCCGCCGCCUCCCCCACCUGCUACCGUCCCUCAGCCUGUCAGUCCGCCUCCUCCGUCAGCCUCCUCUCCACCACCACCACCACCACCCCCACCACCACCACCUGCAGCUCAGAAGGAGUCUCCCAUGCCGUCUCCGGAGUCCCCCGCCUCCCCCGAGGAGCCCCCAGCUCCGAAGAUCACCUCGCUGCACCUCGCCCAGAAACAAGAAGACGCCGCCAUCGUCGGGGAGAGUGAGGAGGAUGAGAGCGAGAGCGGAGGGGAGGGCAUCUUCAGAGAGAGGGACGAGUUUGUGGUGCGUGUGGAGGACAUUCGGACUCUCAAGCUGGCCCUACAGACGGGCCGUGAGCCUCCACCCAUCUGGAGGGUGCAGAAAGCCCUGCUGCAGAAGUUCAGCCCUGAGAUCAAAGAUGGGCAGAGACAGUUCUGUGCCACAAGCAAUUAUCUUGGCUACUUUGGAGACGCGAAGAGGCGAUACCAGCGGAUAUAUGUGAAGUUUCUGGAGAAUGUCAACAAGAAGGACUACGUCAGAGUCUGCUCUCGGAGACCGUGGCGCAGAGCCACACCUGCUCUGAGACGCCAGUCCCUCCCCAGAAUGGCAUCCCCCCCUGCCACCCAGCCGCCACCGAGAGCCACGGAGAAAGAGGACAGAGUGACUCCACCGGUUCAGCGUGAACAGAGGGAGAGAACGAGGACGGCAACCACAGCAACAACGAAAGAGCAGCGAGAGAAGAAGGAGGCUCCAGCUGCCGUGCCAAAAGCCAAGGAGAGGGAGAGGGACGCCGAGAAGGAGAGAGAGAAGCGAGUCCAGCCUCAGCAGGAGAAGGUGGAGAAACGUGGCGGCGCAGCAGAACGAGGCAGAGCGAAGGAGGACAAGAAAGCGCUGGAGAGGAAGGAGAAGGAAAAAGCUGAGCGACCACCCAAGUCCAAGCCAGCCAAAGUGAAGGCGGAGCCACCACCCAAGAAGAGGAAGAAGUGGCUGAAGGAAGUACCCUCAUCGUCUGACUCGGACUCAUCGGAUGAGGCAGCUAGUGAAAAUGAAAUGCCAGUGAAAGGCGGCGUGAACAACCGCGCCAUGAGGGAGAUGUUCAGGAGCUACGUGGAGAUGCUGGUGAGCACAGCCCUGGACCCCGACAUGAUCCAAGCCCUGGAGGACACAGACGAUGAGCUCUACCUCCCCCCAAUGAGGAAGAUUGACAGCAUCCUCAGCGAACAGAAGAGGAGGUUGUUGAGGAGAGUCAGCAUGAGCUCUCAGCACCAGGAGGUCCUGCAUGCUUAUCCCCAGAUCAUCGUAGACCCCCUGGACACAGGAGUGGUGAGGAUCCGGCUAAGCGGUGACGCUUACAACCGCAAGACCCUCAACAGAGUCAAAAAGACCCUGCCUAAACCACAGGACCUUAAACUGUCAGCCGACUCGUACCGGAUCUACAGUCUCUACCACUCUCUGCAUCACUAUAAAUACCACACCUUCUUACAGUGCAAGAAAGAGACCAACACCAUUGAGCAGGCAGCUGAGGACCCGGGCCAAGAGGAAGUGGUGCAGCAGUGCAUGGCCAACCAGAGCUGGCUGGACACCCUCUUCGGCUCCUUCAUCGAGCUGCUCACGCUCAGCACCAAAGCCUGAUUCGAUCGCGUAAAGAGACCGACUUAAAAAGUGAGAGGAUUUUAAAAAACAAAAAGAAAAAUGGAAAGAGAUGGAUCCCACUGUACAGCCCCCUGACCCUCUUCAAAUCUCUAAGGCCCUUGACGAACACAAGAGGGUCUGUUGACGUGACCUCGGACACUGGCCUCUGUUUUUUUUUUUUCUUUUUUCCCUUGUUGUUGAUCAGUGACUAAAGAAAUGUCUUACUUUGUGAAACCCCACCGGAUUAAGGGGUCGAGAGGGAAUUUACCAUUGAUUUUAAAAAAAGAAAACGAAAAAAAAGGGAGAGUCGCGAGGUGGACGGACGGAAAGGAGGAGGAGCCGCGAUGCCAAGUCAACGGAGGAGCCACUGACAUCUUGUUAACUGUGUGUCAUAAAGACAAUAGUUCAAAGAGAAACUAUUACUGCUUAGUUUUUACAUAAAUUAUUUUUUGAAAAGACUAACAUCAGCUGUUGGCUUUUGAAAAGAGUGGAAGAGGGUGAGAAUGCUUUUUAAACUGCGUGUAGAGUGUGCUGUGAGCAGCGUGAUCACGGACUCGUCCACGGAUAGAAACAUGAAAUGUGUAAUAAAUGCUCUCUCUCUCUCUCUCUCUCUCUCAUUCUGUGCUACGUGAAGGGCAGCACCAGUCAGCUGUGUGAUAAUAUAUAAACACAUUUUUAUUAUUUAUAUGAGGAGGUUUUUAACUUAAACUCUCACAAGCGCUGGUUUUUGCUGCCCGAACAUUUGAAAUACCUUUUUAUUUUCCACAGGUUCAGUAUACAAUCAUAACCCACAUAUCCAAGUCGUCUUCCCUCUAUACAAAAGAACAGAUGUCGAGAAAUAUUGUAUCAAAUACAGUGGGUGUAAAAUAACGAGAAAAAAAAGGAGGAAAAGAAAAAAUGGAGAAGAGAAUGGCAAAAUCUAUUUGAAACUUAACAUUGUUGUGCUUCAGUUCAAUCAUCAGUCAUGCAGGUGCAAAGAAAAAGAAGUAAACUAUCCAUUUCCCCUGUGGGAAGAAGGAGUAUAAAUAAGUAAUAUUUAAAGAGGAAAUAGUCAUUUCAUUUUUAUCAUUUUGAUGUUUGUGCAUACUAUGACUUAUUUUGAAAACAAUCUAAUUUUCCAUAAAAAAGGAAAAAAGAUGUGUAAAUAUUGUACAGUUCUUGAUGAAAUUCUUUGUCCUUCUGUACAUUAACUCUCCUGUAUUUGAGAAACAAAUAAAAUCUGCAAAGAACAA